ACCGUAAGCUAGAUCAGCGGUCACUCGUUAAGCUUUUCAAGAUGGCGGAGGAAGAUCAUGGUUUACAAAAUAAUGAAAAGGAGGCUUACAGCCCCUUUGCGAUUAUGACCAACAACAGCAUCAUUGAGUUUUGUCGUACAUCACUUGCGGCAAUGGCAGGGAUUUCUGCAGGGAUACUGGGUCUUACUGGAUUAAAAGGAUUUAUAUUCUACUUUGCUGCCUCAAUAUUAAUGUCUAUAUUCAUUUGCUGGAAGGCAGGCUCCUCGUGGCCAAAGUACUUCAUUUCAUGGUGGGACCUGAGUACAUCAGGAAUCUUUGGAGGAGUUUUUACUUACCUGUUAUUCUGGACUUUUUUGUAUGGAAUGGUUCAUGUCUAUUAAAGAAAGAAUUCAUUGGUGUACAGAAGAAAACCUUGAAGAGACCCAUUACUCCAGCAACCUACAUAGAUACUGUACAAAGACAGAUAAGUGACAUAUACACAGAAAAAGUGACUACUGUGCCGAUGAUACAGUAGGGUGUACUAUAACCGGCUGAUAAGAGGUACCAUAGCGUCAUGUAUGACGUACUUGAAAACCUUCGAAUACAGUAACUAUUGAUAGAAAAAUAAAUAUUUAUUUAAAUUGUUUGAAGUAGUCAUUGUUAAACAUUAUUCCAUUAAUAAAGGGUGAAUAUUGUUCAAACAUUUUACCUUUAAUACCAUCUGAUUUGUAAUGCAGGGCAUAUAACCAGGAUUUGUAGUGAGGAGGUGCACAGGCAUAGAUAUUGUAUGCUAAAAGUCUCAGAAUUGGCUUUUUUUUAGUUACAGAAGACUGUAAGAUCUCACUCUAAGAUCUCACUUUAUCCUUGUUCCCUGGCUUCUGUUGGUUUGUCAGUUAAGAUGUCACUUUUAAGAGUGACACUUGAAAUAGAUGAGUCUAUGGGCUUUUAUGGAACUAGGUUGAGAUGUCUAUGGCUUAUAAGGGGAACUGUUAUUCGAGCAUUUCAACAUGAAAUCAGUCGAGUAAAGUACAAAUUCACACAUAUCUCUUUGUUACUGAGACUAUUCACUUCAACUAAACCAGAUUUUGAUAGAUUCUCAAAGUGCAAGAGUAAAUUUAACGUGAUAUUUUGCAAGUCGGUCUGGAGAAUGUUUGACAACAGAGGGUUGUCACAAGAUACCUGGGGAUGAGGCUAGUUAUAUGCCACCUUUUGCUGUGUCGUUAUUUGGAUUGGGAACAUAAAAGCACAACACUGAACACGGCUUCAGCAGUCAUGCUGAUUACGAUUCAAAGCAGAGCUUUUGUUGUGCCAAAUCCAAUACCAUAUUUGACUUGAUUCUGUCAAUAGAAACUCCACAUCAAGACAUCUAUGACCACUUAAACCUAUUUAGUGCAACUAAAUAAAUGCUAAGCCUGAAAUGUAUUUGUGUCAACACAAAAUGGCAAUUAGAUUUGGCAGAGAAAGAGUGUAAUGUAUGAAUUAGGAAUCUUUCAGUGACCAUUCACCACCCCUGUAACAAUGAGUUUUUGCUACAAUUACAAUUAUUAUACAAUUUAUUAAUGUUGCACUUCCCUCAUCUACAUAUUUCAUUCAUUUUUAUGGUCUUUACUGACACUAGAUUACAAGGAAGAAAGAGUUCUACAGUAAGAAAAUCACAUAAAAUAAAAUAUAGGCACUAAGGUUUUAUAGCUAUUGAAUAGUUUUAACUAUUAAAAAAUCCUCUAAAUAAAAUCCUUUGAAACCGA